AUGCCUCAGUUCGUCUAUGUUGAAUUGCCGAGCUUUCGCAUCAAGGACUCGAGCGGGCACACGAUGAAUAUGAGCUACAGGCACUUGGGCCUCGUCGAAGCUCUCUACCAUUUCGUGCGCGGCGGCCUGCAAACAACCAACUACGUCGACCUCUCGGCAGCCAUCCUGUUCGCAGGCGGAGAGACGGACACCUGGGCAGCCACGAACACGUUGCAGGGGCACCACGCCGAGGAAAACCUCCUGCUCACGUACUUCCAGACCUUCGACUCUCCCGGCGCAUAUCCCAUCAUCGACGCCCUUCUCCUGAGCAACAAGCCGUGCAACAGCUGUAUCGAGUACUUUGCUCUGACCGGGAAACAACUACGGCCCAGGGACGGCUCGCCCCCCUUUCGAGCGAAGUUCACCCCGAGGUCUGAUCGGAGCUACACACCGGUGUUCUACCUCUCGCGUAGCCUGGACGCUGGUUCGCGGAGCGGUCUGUGGAUGCAGCUGGCACAGAUGUGGGCCAGCGAGUUCGGGGACACCAUCAAGUCAUCACCGGAUGUUGCUCGGGGCCAGAUGUAUUAUAUUCUCAACGACUCGCCCUGGUACGCUCUCAACGACCAGGAGAACCUGAACGACGCCGAGGUUGCCGAGGCAAUCUCGAGGCAGGAUAUUAACCCCAUGUAUUGGAUUGGGAGGUGA